ACUCUUCUCCUUUUGAAUUUGAUCCCUAUUAAAGUCUUGAGGCGACGAACUAGAACACAACAAACACACAACUCUCAACAAUGGCCACCGUCACUCCUGCUGCCGUUGCCAUUCCCUCAUUCAGCGGACUCAAGUCCGCCGGAGCAACCAAACUUGGCGCCACCUCCGUGAAGGUCUCAGCUGCAGUCCCAAGAAUGAGCAUCAAGUCCUCACUCAAGGACGUCGGUGUUGCAGUCGCUGCCACCGCCGCGAGUGCACUCCUCGCCAGCAAUGCCUUGGCCAUUGAGAUCCUUCUCGGCGGCGACGAUGGCUCCUUGGCUUUCGUCCCCAACGAGUUCUCCAUCAGCCCCGGGGACAAGAUCGUCUUCAAGAACAACGCUGGAUUCCCACACAACAUUGUCUUCGACGAGGACGAGAUUCCCGGGGGUGUUAAUGCCGGGAAAAUCUCCAUGAGCGAGGAGGAUCUCCUCAACGCCCCAGGAGAGACCUACUCCGUUACCUUGACUGAAAAAGGAACCUACUCUUUCUACUGCUCUCCUCACCAGGGAGCUGGUAUGUCCGGCAAGGUUACCGUUAACUAAGCUCUGUUUAGUUCUCUGUUUAUUCUAAGAUCAAUGCUAGCUUCCUUUUCAUGGGUGGUAGUAGAGCUUAUAAUAGCCGAGCCAGUAUAUUGACAAUGAGAGAAUUUGUGAGGUGAAUUGUUGAAUUAUAUAUUGCCAUUGUGUUUGUCUGUUUC